AUGCAGGCAAUAUUAGUCAUAUUUAUAGUCAUAUCUUUUCUGGUAUUCUUUUGGAUUACUCACACAGUUCAGUCAGAAAGUCUACUAGUCAUUCCAACUGUGGGUAUACAAAGUUCAGUAAAAUAUGUUUGUGGAAGAGAAGAUUAUUUUGUACCAUGGUCGAGUAUAGAUGAUGUUAUUAUAAAUGAAGUUAUAAAAUUGAAUCGAGUUCUAUAUUUUCUCACUUUGAUAGUUAAAACUGGAAACUCUGCAAGUCAAGAUACAGAGUCUUUUAAAUUAAUACCAUUGUUUAAGUAUACCAAGCCUCGGCUAUUGAUGCUAGAGACUAUAUAUUCUGAAUUGCAAGCUUUAUUGACAGUAUCUACAAAAGAAGACACAGAAAUAGGCGCUGGAGACAAAAAACAGUUG